AUGCAUGUUCUUGAGCACCAACUCCACAUCCUCAAAGAUCCAAGGGCCUCAUGGUGUCAUCAUGUGGGUACUUGGUCUCCACAAAGUCCAUGGAGAAGAGAGCAUUGUAGUGCUCUUGGUACAUGGGGAGCUCAUCCUCCUCUUGCUCUUCCUCAGCCUCUUCCAUGGCUCAUCUUGGUUCCCUCUUGUCAUCUUCAUCAACCAAUUGGUUCACCUCUUCUCCUUCCUCUUCACUCUCAGUUCCUCACUCCUUCUUCAUUUGGAGAGCCAUUUCCCCCUCUUGAACAAGGUUCACUCCAAUCUCAAACUCCCCUUGCUCACUCUCACUACUAUAGGGUCAUUCCUCUUCUUGGUUCUCCUUUCUUCCCUCACCUCUCACUCUCAGACUGUCCUCAGAGUAGACAUAUCCUCUGCAUCAGAUUCUUCCAUCCUCUGAUCCAUCCUCUCCAAAUCGGCUUGCAUCUUAAGCCUUCUCUCUUGCAUUGCUUGAUCACCCUCAACCAUUCUCCUCUGUGA